UUUGAACAAGAUUUUCGGCAAAUUUUGAAAGCUUCGUUGAAACUCUAUAAUGGUACCGAUGCGGUGAGUAGAAUAUCCGAUGAUACGGUACUUAUGAAGGCAGCAUGGGAUAAAAUAAUGAUUGAGGUCAUGAUUUACCUUAUAAUUCGAGAAAAAAUUUUUGCACCAAAAAAAUCACCUAUGUUCCAGAAAUCGUGUUGUGGCGUUGAUUCGAAGAUUGGUGACUUUAAUGAAAGCGGUUGGUACCAUUUGACGGGUCGUAAGCACCAUUUUCCGCCUGCAUGUUGCCCACCGAACAGAGAUGGCACACUGAUGGAAUUUUGUCCGACAAUUGCUCGAUACGGCGAUGUUUGUUGCUUUUUCACUUAUAUACAGAUUUCAGUUGUAUAA